CUCUGCGGCGACCCGUAGCGUAGGCGCCGGAGCCGCGGUGGCGCAGGCGCAACGUAAAUGCGCCUGCUUUACCGGGGGGAGAUGUUGCGGUUAGGCGUCCUCUGUCUGUGGCGGCGGAGACCUCUGGUGUUUGGGGUCCCAGCAAAGAACCUCGGCCUUAGAAAGGUUGCUUCCGGCGUCUCUCCCCCGGGCAGCACCUCGCCCAGAGCCCUAAAUAUCUUCGACCGGGAUUUGAAGAGAAAACAGAAGAACUGGGCGGCCCGGCAGCCCGAACCCAUGAAGUUUGACUAUCUGAAGGAGGAGGUUGGAAGCCGGAUUGCAGACCGCGUAUAUGACAUAGCUAGAAAAUUUUCCCUUGCUUUGGAUGUUGGUUGUGGAAGAGGUUACAUAGCACAGCAUUUGAAUAAGGAAACUGUUGGAAAGUUCUUCCAAGUAGACAUUGCAGAAAAUGCGUUGAAAAAUACCUUAGAAAUGGAAAUCCCUACUGUCAGUGUUUUAGCUGAUGAAGAGUUCCUUCCCUUCAGAGAAAAUACAUUUGACCUGGUAGUUAGCAGCUUAAGUUUACACUGGGUGAAUGACCUUCCUAGAGCACUUGAACAGAUUCAUUAUGUUUUAAAACCAGAUGGAGUGUUUAUUGGUGCAAUGUUUGGAGGCGACACACUCUAUGAACUUCGGUGUUCGUUACAGUUAGCAGAAACAGAAAGGGAAGGAGGAUUUUCUCCACAUGUUUCUCCUUUCACUGCUGUCAAUGACCUAGGACAUCUGCUUGGGAGAGCUGGCUUUAAUACACUGACUGUGGAUACUGAUGAAAUUCAAGUUAACUAUCCUGGGAUGUUUGAAUUGAUGGAAGAUUUACAAGGUAUGGGUGAGAGUAACUGUGCUUGGAAUAGAAAAGCCCUGCUGCACCGAGACACGAUGCUGGCGGCUGCAGCGGUGUAUGGAGAAAUGUACGGAAAUGAGGAUGGUUCAGUACCUGCCACGUAUCAAAUCUAUUACAUGAUAGGAUGGAAAUACCAUGAUUCACAGGCCCAACCAGCUGAAAGAGGUUCAGCAACUGUGUCAUUUGGAGAGCUGGGAAAAAUAAAUAAUCUUAUGUCACAGGAGAAAAAAUCACAAUAAAUAUUUUAUCCAGUGUUAA